AUGUCUAAUAAUAAUGAAACGUAUAGUGGAAAUAAUCGAAAAUUACUUGUUAUAUUAAAACCGGAUGAUAAUAAUUUGACAACUUCCGAUUAUAAACGUUAUAAACAAUUAAAAACAUUAAAAUAUCAAGAUACUCGUUUAUUAACUAGAACAACAAUAAAACAGCAACAACAAUUUAUUUUUGUUGUUAAUUAUUUUCCAAUUAUUACAAAAAAAUUAAUAAAACAAAAAUGUUUAUAUUAUAUUCAAAGGUUAUUCUAUUAUUUAUUGACGUUAUUAUUAUUAAGUAAUAAUAUACAACGACCCGUUGUAUUUUUAUCACUAUCAUCAAUUAGAUUUAUGUCCACAUAUGCUAAUUUAACAUAUACAACAACAACAGCAUCAACGACUAUUCGAAACAUCAAAACAUCGUCUAUUACACUAAAACGAACAACAUUAAAAAUUAAUGAUCAAUGUCAAUUAAUUAAUGAUAUAAAUAUUGAAACUAUUUGUUCAAGAACGUGUUCAAGAUCAUCAUCACCAUCAUCUUAUUCUCUUCAAGAAGAUAAUGAUGUUGAAUAUAGUACUAGAAUAUUAUUAGCGAAUAUUAAUUUACCAUUUUGUAAAAAUUAUACAUUAAUACAAACGUUAGACGACAAUGAUUCGAUAUCAAUAUUGAAUACAUCAACAACUACCGAACAAUGUAAAGAGAUAAUAGAUAAAUUACGUAAAUAUGAUAAUGAAGCAAAAGAAGCAACAGAUAUUUUCAAUAAAUACAUGAAAGCAAUGGAUUGUGAUUCGAAUGAUAAUAGAUUUUCAAUUAACGCUAUCUGUGAUAAUUGUAAGCAAGCUUAUGAGCAAUGGGCUUGUUCAAUACGUAUUCCAUUUUUUUAUCGUGGAAAUCUGAUACAGCCUUGUAAAAAGAUCUGUGAUGAAGUUGAAAGAGUUUGUCCAACAUUUCGGCCAUCAGACCGAGAGCCUUUCUUUGCUGGUCAACCAAUAUUUGUAUGCAGUGGUGAACUGAUCCCUAAUACAGAUUAUGGUCAAAUACCUUAUUGUUAUGAUACGUGUCAUUUAGCCGGUUCACAAAAAAGUCAUUCCUCCUCACAAUCAUCACCGUCUUCUUCAUUAAAUGCUCUAACAUCGUCUACUUCUUCAUCAUCAUCAACUAGUAAUAUGUGUUUCGAAAUUAUGUUAACUCGUCAACAGUUAGCUAGUACUACGUCAAAUAUUAACACUACACAAUCUUUAUUCUAUUCUCUAAUAAAUAACGAAACAAAUAUAUUUUCUAAUUAUUCUUCAUCAGCAUUGUCAUACCGUCUGGUAAACAAUAUUUACAAUACGUUGUUAUAUUUUGUUAUUACUAUUAUGUUAUCAUUAAUAUUAUCGUCUAUUAUUUCCAAAUGA